UUUGGAAAAGCCCUGAGGGGCUGCUGGAGGUUCGCUCGGCUGCUCUCCUGACCUCCCCUCGCUCUGUGGCCGAACUCCAGUUCUCUUAGGGCUUAGACCCCACUGACUCGCUCCCUGGCAAAGCAAACAAUUUGAUCAGGCGGCCACCUGCAUUCUCCCUUUUCCUGAAAUCAGCACCAUGGGGUAAAAGAUUAUUUCUACUUGGUUGCCUUCCAGAUGUUUCACUCUUGGACAGCAAGCUGAUUUCAAACCACUCCUUUUCAAAGAUCUAUAAGGGAGAUAUUGCACCUGGGCACUGCAGCCCAGAGCAGGUCUGGCCAUGCCAUGAGCGUGCUGAGUCAUCAUGCCCACCGUAGACGACAUUCUGGAGCAGGUUGGGGAAUUUGGCUGGUUCCAGAAGCAAGCCUUCCUCACCCUAUGCCUGCUUUCAUUUGCCUUCGCGCCCAUCUGCGUGGACAUCGUCUUCCUGGGUUUCACCCCUGAACACCACUGCCAGAGCCCCGGGGUGGCUGAGCUGAGCCAGCGCUGCGGCUGGAGCCCUGCGGAGGAGCUGAACUACACGGUGCCCGGCCUGGGUCCUGCGGGUGAGGCCUUCCUUCGCCAGUGCAGGCGCUAUGAAGUGGACUGGAAUCAGAGUGCCCUCAGCUGUGUGGACCCCCUGGACAGCCUGGCCGCCAACAGGAGCCACCUGCCCCUGGGCCCCUGCCAGGACGGCUGGGUGUACGACACGUCUGGCUCCUCCAUUGUCACUGAGUUCAACCUGGUGUGUGGUGACGACUGGAAGCUGGACCUCUUUCAGUCCUGUUUGAAUGCGGGCUUCUUUUUCGGCUCUCUGGGCUUUGGCUACAUUGCAGACAGGUUUGGCCGUAAGCUGUGCCUCCUGGCCACCGUGCUAGUCAACGCUGUGUCGGGCGUGCUCAUGGCCUUCACGCCCAACUACAUGUCCGUGCUGCUCUUCCGCCUGCUGCAGGGCCUGGUCAGCAAGGGCACCUGGAUGUCCGGCUACACCCUGAUCACAGAGUUCGUUGGCUCCGGCUCCAGAAGAACGGUGGCGAUCAUGUACCAGAUGGCUUUCACGAUGGGGCUGGUGGCGCUGACCGGGCUGGCCUACGUCCUGCCUCACUGGCGCUGGCUGCAGCUGGCCGUCUCCCUGCCCACCUUCCUCUUCCUGCUCUACUACUGGUGUGUGCCAGAGUCCCCCCGGUGGCUGUUAUCACAAAGGAGAAACACUCAAGCAAUAAAGAUAAUGGACCACAUCGCUCAAAAGAAUGGGAAGUUGCCUCCUGCUGAUUUAAAGAUGCUCUCCCUGGAAGAGGAUGUCACCGAAAAGCUGAGCCCUUCAUUCGCAGACCUGUUCCGCUCACCCCACCUGAGGAAACGCACCUUCAUCCUGAUGCACCUGUGGUUCACCGGCUCUGUGCUCUAUCAGGGGCUCAUCCUGCACAUGGGCGCCACCAGCGAGAAUCUCUACCUGGAUUUCCUUUACUCCACUCUGGUUGAAUUCCCGGGGGCCUUCAUCACCCUCGUCACCAUUGACCGCGUGGGCCGUAUCUACCCCUUAGCCGUGUCAACUCUGUUGGCGGGGACAGCCUGCCUCGUCAAGAUUUUUAUCUCACCUGAUCUGCACUGGUUAAACAUCAUGAUCAUGUGUGUUGGCCGAAUGGGCAUCACCAUUGCAAUCCAAAUGAUCUGCCUGGUGAACGCUGAGCUGUACCCCACAUUCAUCAGGAACCUUGCAGUGAUGGUGUGUUCCUCUGUGUGUGACAUAGGUGGGAUACUCGUCCCCUUCAUAGUCUUCAGACUGACGGCAGUUUGGCAAGCCUUGCCUCUCAUUUUUUUUGCGGUGCUGGGCCUGCUUGCUGCAGGAAUGACGCUGCUUCUUCCGGAGACCAAGGGGGUCGCUUUGCCAGAGACCAUGAAGGACGCCGAGAACCUUGGGAGAAAAGCAAAGCGCAAAGAAAAUAUGAUUUGCCUUGAGGUCCAAACAUCAGAACCCUUGGGCACCUGAGAGAGAUGCUUUGUGGAGGAUGGAUUGUCGGAGGGAUGAAGAUGGAGUUAUCCUCUGUGGAAAUUCCUAGAUGCCUUCACUUCUCUGUAUUCUUUCUCAUACUUGCCCACCUCCAAAUUAAUAUCAGUCCUAAAGAA